AUGCAAAUGUUAAACGUCGGAAGAAUCCGCUAUGUGGCAGUAAUGAGCUCAUCUGAGCAGCUACACUACACAAAAGUCAAAACGGAAAUGAAAUCAGCGAAAACAAAAUGGCGGCGUCCUUGAGCAGACACGGAAGAGUAUUAUCUAUUUCUUGUAGCCAACUGAGUUGUGCAGCCAGUCUCAGCGCUGGAUCAAGGAGCAUAAACACCAGUGCAGUUUGCUAUAAGAAUCGUGCCGCACGCAUUCGAGUGGGGAAAGGCGACAGGCCUCUGACUUAUGAACAGGCCCUGCACCCACACCACAUAGCUCAUAGGAAGGGAUGGCUCUCACAACACACAGGUAACCUUCAGGGCGAAGGGGGCGCUGCAGAGCGGACUGUGGAAGACAUGUUCAUCCGGCGUUUCAUCUUCGGCACUUUUCACGGAUGCCUCGCAAACGAACUGGUCAUCAAGCGAAGGGGCAACAUGCUAGUUAUCUGUGCUCUGAUGCUGCAGAAACUGCAGCCUAAUAAAUAUUAUUUUCUGAUCGGCUACACUGAGGAGCUGCUCUCGCACUUCUACAAGUGUCCUGUGAAGAUGGAGAUACAGACACUGGAAGAUAAAAUGGUCUACAAAUAUCUAUAAACUAAUAAACUUAUGGAAAGAUUUGAACAGCUGCACUUAAUUAGUCUUUCAUUUAAGGUAAAAAUGUAUGUGAAUGUAUAAAACAAAUAAAAAAUAAAUGUCAUGUUA